AUGGCUGGCAAAUUUAUUGGGAAGACCAGUGCCACCCAAAACGUCCUUGGGUCUUUCAUUCAGGAAGGGAUUCAUGAUCUUUACAGCGCCUCUCACGACCGCUCGGUUAAGGUGUGGAACGUAGACGAGAACGCAUACGUGGAAACUCUCUUCGGCCAUCAGGACGCAAUCACAGGACUGGACAGUCUGAGCCGUGAACGCUGCGUCACUGCGGGUGGGGACGGAACCGUGAGAGUGUGGAUAGCCGAGGAGUCUCAGCUGGUCUUCCACGGACACGAAGGUUCGAUCGACUGUGUCCAGCUAAUAAACGAGGAGCACAUGAUAACAGGAGCAGAUGAUGGCUCAGUGUCUCUUUGGAGUGUCAACAAGAAGAAGCCUCUCGGCACAGUGAAGCAGGCUCACGGCUGCCAUGGCGAUUCGGGGCUGGAGCAACCUCAUUGGGUGGCCUCGGUGGCGGCGCUUCAUAACUCGGAUACUGUAGCCUCAGGUUCUCACAACUCAAAGGUGAACGUGUGGAAAUGUGGCCAGCACUACCGCGGACUUCAGCUUCUGUUUAGCGUGCCAGUGUCUGGCUUCAUCAACAGUCUGAGGUUUUCAAGCUCCGGGCAGUUCUUGGUGGCCGGAGUUGGACAGGAGCACAGAUUGGGACGAUGGUGGAGACUGAAAGAAGCCAAGAAUGGGAUCUAUAUCAUUCCUCUAAAAAGAAAACCAUCUAAUGCAGAAGAAGCAAAACAAACUGAAUAAUGAGCUUUUGUUGUAAAUUAAAUCUUGAAACCUGACUGUAAA